CCCCCACAGUUAGAAUCCGCCUGUCGCAGUGCUUGGAUGAUCGUCGGAUUCGUCGUUCCACUCAACUCAACUCAAACUCAAUCAUGACGCGAUCUUCGGUUUCUAUUCUAUCCAUCAUCUGCCUCGCCUGGCUCGUGAACCGUACGUGCGGCGCUCAGUUGGCCUUUACCUCGGUUGGCAAUGUCGCGGCCGUUGCCACUGCCGCAGGACUCAGCGUGGUGGCGCAGGUUCCCGGAUUAAGAGCACUCAACGGCAUCCUCCAUGGCUUCAACAACAACAACAACCACAACAACAACUUUUACCCUCAACAACAGCAGCAGGGCGUCGGAGGAUGGCAGGGCAUGGGCGGACAGCCCAGACAUGGACAUGGUAUGGGCGGACGCUGGUCUUCAUCGGUUGCUAAUGCUGCUCGACAGCCAGCUCCACCUGGCUGGCCUCCGGGCUGGGAAUGGGGUGGCGGCGGCAAUAAUAAUCAACAAGGAUUCAAUAAUGGACGAGCUCCACCUGGCUGGCCUCCAGGCUGGGAAUGGGGAGGCGGCGGCAAUAAUAAUCAACAAGGAUUCAAUAAUGGACGAGGUCCACCGCCAAGACCAGGAUGGGGAGCUGGGCCAGGACCAAUGAAUCCCCCACCAAGACCAGAAUGGGGUGGAGGAGGAACGGGACCACCACCAAGACCAGAAUGGGGUGGAGGAGCAAUGGGACCACCACCAAGACCAGAAUGGGGUGAUGGCGGAGAAAUGAACCCCUUAACAGGAUCUGACUACAAUCAACCCAAUCCCACCGAUGUAUCUACAAAUUGGGACAAUCCAAAUGGCGAAGGAUCAACCAUACCACCGUCGCCCAUCGUCACUCCUCCAACGACACCCAAACCAGUCGUAGUGGAGCCCACAUUCCAGCCUCGACCACCGGCACAGACCACAGAGAGCACUCUCAUCGUAGGCACCAAUCGUCCGCCGCUGUUGCCGCCGCAGACCACGCCUCUACCUCCGCCACUGCCCACGGUGAGGCCAUUGCCGCCACGAUCGCGGCAUUCCAUCGAGGCCUCCCAGCUGCGCGACAUCAUCUUCCCCAGCUCUUCACUGUACAUUCACCGUCCGCAAGCCAGCCAGGAGAUCCGCACGGACAACAUCGAUGAGCGGAGAUGAGAGCCGGGGGUGGGGGGGCUAGAUUCUUCCGUAGAACAAUUACAACUGUUGAAUAUUUAUAGCGCCCAGCGGGGCUCAAGAUCGUCUUUGUGCGAGCGGAUCGGUGAUCUGUAAACAGGUUCGGGAGCCCAAGCACAAAGACCCAGCCUCAGACUCUUACUCUUGACUUGACGAAGAUUCACGAAUUUCAAUUUAAUAAAUUACACAUUGACAAACAGAUGGAAAGGUG